ACACCAGUUGCGCGUAUGCAACAGUUGUCGGCUAAUAAUAACAGCCGGCUGCGCCUUUAAGAGGAUGACUGAGAGGGAAACCUAAUAUCUCUCCAUACCGAGUCCAAGCGUCCAUCAAUUAACAGUAAGAAUCGAGAGAAGGACGAUAUCUGAAUCGGUCGCUCCCUGUUCCCCGUUCACCAAACUCCGUUCAGUUUUUGUUGUUUUUAUUCAUUUGUUUUGCCAAACGCAAACUGGAUUAAAUUACGCAUUGCACCUUUAAGAAGCUGUCAACGGGAUUAGAGUUACGCACUGUGAGCCAAGUGUCCCUCCGGAGGAGUUUUACGCACCGUCGGUCUCCAGAAGAGGCUCAGCUUCAGCCGCAUUUCUCCUUCUUCUCUGGUCCUGACACCAAAGGGGAUCUCUCCGCGCCGCCCGCGACAUGGCCGAGAUAGGGAAAGGGGUCACCGCCGGGAAACUGGCCAGCAACGUGCAGAAGAGGCUCACCAGAGCGCAGGAGAAGGUCUUGCAGAAACUUGGCAAGGCAGAUGAGACCCGAGAUGCUGUCUUUGAGGAGAUGGUGACUAACUUCAACAAGCAGAUGACAGAAGGCACCAAACUGCAGAAGGACCUGAAAGCCUACGUGGCAGCAGUGAAAACGAUGCACGAUGCGUCGCGGCGGUUGCAGGACUGUCUGGCUGACAUGUACGAACCCGACUGGUUUGGCAAAGAGGAGAUGGACUCGUUGGCUGAGGAGAUGAUAGAGAAGGAGCUGGACAGUAACCUGGAGGACACAGACUCUCUGUGGUUAGAGUACCACCAAAACAUCACGGAAAAAUCUCUGCAGAGCAUGGAUACAUACCUGUCUCAGUUUCCUGACAUCAAGGCUCGUAUAGCGAAGCGCGACAGGAAGAUGGUGGACUUCGACAGCGCCCGCCAUCACUUCGCCUCCUUGCAGAAAGGCAAAAAGAAGGACGAGGCCAAGAUUGCCAAGCCAGCAGCCCUGUUGGAGAUGGCGGCUCCCAGCUGGGCUCAGGGUUUGAUAUCAGCUCACCAGGUGGCUCAGACUAACCUCUCCUACAACCAGGCGGAGGAGGACUUGGGCCGAGCUCAGAAGAUUUUUGAGGAGCUGAAUGUGGAGUUACAAGAUGAGCUUCCAGCGCUGUGGGACAGGCGUGUUGGCAUCUAUGUUAACGCAUUCCAGAGCCUGGCAGGUCAUCAGGAGAAGUUUCACAAAGAACAGAGCAAACUCAGCCAAAACCUGAACGACAUCAUGACCAAACUGGAGGAGCAGAGGCAGAUCAAAAAAGGUGCUACUGCAGCGUCAAAGACGGGAGACUGUGCAAAGAGUGAGGGAGCCAACCACAGUGAAUCGGCCAGCUCAGCGCCAAAGCGGCCUGGUCCACCACCACCUAGAUUGACGCCUUCUCCAAGCCAACAGCAGAACGUCAGCCCGUUCGAGGAUGAGCCUUCCAUGCAUGACACUAACACAGACUCCACGACCACAUCGCCGCAGGCACCAUCAUGGGACUCAUGGCAAGAACAGACUGCCACAGAGCAGGAACAGGAGUGUGAUGAUGACCAGUACCCAGAGGAAGCCCGAGGUGGAUGGGAUUACAGCCAAAGCAACACCCAAAGCUACACCCAGCCGAGCUGGGAUGAGGCAGAGACAGCAGCGGGUGAGGAGGGCUGGAGCAACGAUGCAGGCUACACGUCUCAGUCUUACACCGAGCCCAACUGGGACAACGAUGGUGCUGAUGUGGGACAGGGUGGCUGGGGUGAUGAUGAGUACACCCAGAGUGCGGUGACCAAUGGCUCAGAUGGCGAACUCCCUCCAGGAUUCCUCUACAAGGUGAAAGCGAUACACGACUAUGCUGCCACUGAUGGUGAUGAGCUGGAACUGAAGAUGGGAGAUGUUGUGUUGGUUUUGGCCUUUGACAACCCAGAUGAACAGGAUGAUGGCUGGCUCAUGGGCGUAAAGGAGUCUCAGUGGUCACAGAAGAAAGAUAUUUCAGCCAAAGGAGUUUUCCCUGAAAACUUCACCCAGAGGGUUUGAGGUUUACACCACAUACAAAUUCUGCUCAUACAAGUUCUUUGAAUAUCUUAUCUGAGACAGAAGAAGUUAUGUUAUCUUUAAAUGUCUACCUAUGCUCCAAAAUGUAUAAACAAAACAUGAUUGGAUACAGAAGUGUGUACUGAAAAAUCACACGUUAGCAGGUGAUACAGAACUAGGUUUUACCCUUUCUCAUGACAUUGUGGUAAAUGAUGUGCUACCAUUUCAGUCAAAAUGUUCUCCAGAAAUUAAAAAUAUUCAUUUGUUCUUGUUUUGAUUUGUUAUUUCUGGAUUUCUUGUACUUUUGCUAAAUUCAAACAAAACACAAAGCGGUUUGUUAGUCGUAUUUAAGUAAGAUAAUUAAGUCACGAAUGUACUGUAUGAAUGUCAAAAUGUUUUCUGUUGUGUAUUGUUUUUGGAAAAGUAUGUUUUAAAACCUUUCACAGCUCCUUGCAUGAAGAGUUUCUUUGUAUUUUCAUUUUUCUUUGUAACACGACAAACAUUGUGACACCAGGCGUGGUCCCUCGAUGAAAAUAAGGCUGUGAUUGUGUGACAGAUGCAGGAGUCCUCGAAUAGAACCCUGGAGAACACCACAAAGUUUGUUUGCAGGUUUCUGCCUUGCAUUGUCAAAAUCUAUUUCAAUUUCUUGGGCUUGUAGGAUUGUCAAAGGGAACAGUAGUUUUUCAUUUAUAUUACUGGCCAUUUUGAGGACAUGAAAUGAUAUGUGGCUCACAUUUUCUAAUACUCAUAUGGUUUUAUUUUAAUUAUUUUCAUCUCUUCACUGAUGGAUGAAAUGCUGAGCCGUGCUAUCAAGGUCAGCUGUUUUUAUUUGUUUUGUUUUUUCCCCUUUAUGACACAUUAUUUUUCAUAUAAAUUUGAUUCUUGAUGUCUGAUGACCAGACCUUCACGUUUUUUGCUACUUAAACACAUUUUCAUUAGUCUUUUUUGAAGUGUUAAUAAGGUUUUAAUGUCACACUUUGUCCACAGAGUUUACAGAAGACUUUGGUUCAAAACUCUGAGCCUUUCAGAAACGAAAGUCAAACCCAUUUAAAAAAUGUAUCUUUACACUCUUGAAUAAAUAAGGACCGGUUACUAAUGCAGCAUCUGAUGAAUCAAAUUAGUGUCAUUAAAGGCCAAUUUAACAACGUG